UUGCUAUUUUCCCGCUUUUUAUGCUAACUGGCUCAAUGGCUAAGUUAUGAUUACAGAGUCUUAAGAGAUACUACGAUCUCCAAAGUUCUUUUUACAUUUAAAUUAAUUUGUCAGUAACAUCGGGAUUUAGGGAUGCCGGGGCUGAGUUGUAGAUUCUACCACCACCGGUUCCCGGAGGUGGAGGAUGUCGUGAUGGUGAACGUGCGCUCCAUCGCUGAGAUGGGCGCAUAUGUCAGCUUGCUGGAGUACAACAACAUCGAGGGCAUGAUUCUUCUCAGUGAGCUGUCUCGUCGUCGUAUUCGCUCCAUCAACAAACUCAUUCGCAUUGGCCGCAACGAAUGCGUCGUGGUCAUCCGAGUCGACAAAGAGAAAGGAUAUAUUGACUUGUCGAAGAGAAGAGUAUCUCCAGAGGAGGCGAUCAAGUGCGAGGAUAAGUUUACCAAGUCUAAGACCGUCUACAGUAUCCUGAGACAUGUGGCCGAGGUGCUGGAGUAUACUAAGGACGAGCAGCUGGAGAGCCUGUACCAGCGCACCGCCUGGGUGUUCGACGAGAAAUACAAGCGGCCCGGCUACGGCGCCUACGAUGUCUUUAAGCAGGCUGUGUCCGAUCCCUCAAUUCUGGAUGGGUUGGACCUGAGUGCAGAUGAGAGGAGUGUGCUCAUUGACAACAUCAACAGGAGGCUUACGCCACAGGCUGUCAAAAUAAGAGCGGACAUUGAAGUGGCGUGUUAUGGAUAUGAGGGCAUUGAUGCUGUCAAAGAUUCCCUGAGGGCAGGACUGAACUGCUCCACAGAGUCUAUGCCAAUCAAGAUAAACCUAAUCGCUCCUCCCCGAUAUGUGAUGACCACAACCACUCUGGACCGUACUGAGGGUCUGUCCAUGCUCAACCAGGCCAUGGCUAUCAUCAAGGAGAAGAUUGAGGAGAAGCGAGGCGUCUUCAACAUCCAGAUGGAGCCCAAAGUGGUGACUGACACAGAUGAGACAGAGCUCCAGAGACAGCUGGAGAGGCUGGAGAGAGAGAACGCAGAAGUAGAUGGAGAUGACGAUGCCGAUGAGAUGGAGGCCAAGGCUGAAGACUAGAGCCCGCAGUGCGGAGGGACAAAUGAAGGGGAAUGAGAGAAACACAGCAUGGAUAAACCCUGUAUCUUCACACGCAGUGGCCAGACCCUCGUGGAGGGGAUACAGACAUGAACUGGUUUUGUAUCCAACCCAAAAGUGGUAUCCAUAAAAGAAAACCUAGAAAUUAAAACUUAUAGGCAAACUGGUGAAAUAUGGCAUUUUGAGUUUGGUGAGAAACCUAUGCACAAAGUUCUAACUAGCCUGAAAUUUGCUGAGAUACUUUUAAGGGAAAAGGUUACGCAGCCUGAGACAGCAGCUCUCAGGUCCUCUAGCCCUUGAGGACUUUGAGCAGGAGGGGUGAGCUGAUGAAGAUCAGCUUUGAGUGAGGAGAAAACCCAGGCUGCAGUGCAUGGGUUCUCCUGGUGUUAGGAGAGUUAAGUGCAUAAGGGAAAGUAGUUAUUUUGCCACAAUCAAACUGGUGGGCUGACGUAUAGUAUUCUCUUAAGCUUCUAUGACUACACAAUAAAUAACUUUCCCCUUCUAAGAACCCAUACCUGCAAAUUAAUUUUAUUAAAAAAAGAUCACCUUUAUUGAAAACACAUAUCGACCAAUAAGUACAAAAACAGAGACCACUGUUUUAAUGUUUGCACAAAUCAAGAUCAGUUUCACCAGACUUCCAGAACAUUGUUGGGUUCAAUUCAUUCAACAUACUGUUGUAGUGGAAAGAUGCCACCAUGAGACAUUUGGGGAUAAACUCUUUGGUGCAACUCAACUUGGAUACCAAAACAAAAUUAAAAUCAAAUUGAAACCCAGACUUGAUUGGCAAAUAUUACAGUGUGAGUCUACAAUAAUAUGGUAUUGAUCGAGACAUCAGAUCUACUCUAAGCAGGUAUGAUGAGGCUACACUGAAGAAGGUCCACUUAGCAGAUGAGCCCUGAGGAAUAUCGCUCACCAACUUCUUCAGUGGUGAAAGAGUAGCUAGACUUUAGAUCCAGUGCUCACUAACUUAAUACAGUCACUGCAGUCACAGGAUGAUGGAGAGAAAA